GCAAGGAGUUAGUUGCCGCCUCUGGGUUAACUGGUCUCGGGUGGCCAAACCUCCGGAGGCCGAGGGCAGCAGGCAGACCCGAAGUGGGUCCUGCAUCUAGGAUUUCCCGGGCGGGACCAGAGUCAGGAUCGGCCCUGCCCCAAACCCAGUCUGUGAGGACCUCGGGAACUUGGAUUAGGAAGUCCCGGAACCUGGAUCAACAAGCCCCAGAGCCCGGAAUUUAGAUCUGAAAGUCCCGGAGCACGGAUCGCGGAGCGGACUCGGCGCGGAGCCUGGAGUCCGGAUCGCUCUACUGCCGGACGGGACGGAGCGAUGUCGGGCCGUGGCGCGGGCGGGUUCCCGCUGCCCCCUCUGAGCCCCGGCGGCGGUGCCGUUGCUGCGGCUUUGGGAGCGCCACCUCCGCCAGCUGGACCAGGCAUGCUGCCCGGACCGGCGCUCAGAGGGCCAGGGCCGGCUGGAGGCGUGGGGGGGCCCGGGUCUGCCGCCUUCCGCCCCAUGGGGCCCGCGGGCCCCGCGGCGCAGUACCAGCGGCCUGGCAUGUCUCCAGGGAGCCGGAUGCCCAUGGCUGGCUUGCAGGUGGGACCCCCUGCGGGCUCCCCAUUUGGCACAGCUACUCCACUUCGACCUGGCAUGCCACCCACCAUGAUGGACCCAUUCCGAAAACGCCUGCUUGUGCCCCAGGCCCAGCCCCCAAUGCCCACCCAGCGCCGGGGGUUAAAGAGGAGGAAGAUGGCAGAUAAGGUUCUACCUCAGAGAAUUCGGGAGCUUGUCCCAGAGUCUCAGGCGUACAUGGAUCUCUUGGCUUUUGAGCGGAAGCUGGACCAGACCAUUGCUCGCAAGCGGAUGGAGAUCCAGGAGGCCAUCAAAAAGCCUCUGACGCAAAAACGAAAGCUGCGGAUCUAUAUUUCCAAUACAUUUAGUCCCAGCAAGGCAGAAGGUGACAGUGCAGGAACCACAGGGACCCCUGGGGGAACCCCAGCUGGGGACAAGGUGGCUUCCUGGGAACUCCGAGUGGAGGGAAAACUCCUGGAUGAUCCUAGCAAACAGAAGAGGAAGUUCUCUUCAUUCUUUAAGAGUCUUGUCAUUGAGCUAGACAAGGAACUGUACGGACCUGACAACCACCUGGUGGAGUGGCAUCGGAUGCCCACCACCCAGGAGACAGAUGGCUUCCAGGUGAAACGGCCCGGAGACCUCAACGUCAAGUGCACUCUCCUGCUCAUGCUGGAUCAUCAGCCUCCCCAGUAUAAGUUGGACCCCCGCCUGGCAAGGCUGCUGGGAGUGCACACACAGACGAGGGCCGCCAUCAUGCAGGCCCUGUGGCUUUACAUCAAACACAACCAGCUGCAGGAUGGGCAUGAACGCGAGUACAUCAACUGCAACCGUUACUUCCGCCAGAUCUUCAGUUGUGGUCGACUCCGUUUCUCCGAGAUUCCCAUGAAGCUGGCUGGGUUGCUGCAGCAUCCAGACCCCAUUGUCAUCAACCAUGUUAUUAGUGUGGACCCUAACGACCAGAAGAAGACAGCCUGCUAUGAUAUUGAUGUGGAGGUGGAUGACCCACUCAAGGCCCAGAUGAGCAAUUUUCUGGCCUCUACCACCAAUCAGCAGGAGAUUGCCUCCCUUGAUGUUAAGAUCCAUGAGACCAUUGAGUCCAUCAACCAGCUGAAAACCCAGAGGGAUUUCAUGCUCAGCUUUAGCACUGACCCCCAGGACUUCAUCCAGGAAUGGCUCCGUUCACAGCGCCGUGACCUCAAGAUCAUCACUGAUGUGAUUGGGAAUCCUGAGGAGGAGAGACGAGCUGCUUUCUACCACCAGCCCUGGGCCCAGGAAGCAGUGGGGAGGCACAUCUUUGCCAAGGUGCAGCAGCGAAGGCAGGAACUGGAACAGGUGCUGGGAAUUCGCCUGACCUAACUGCUCAGGGAUCCCUUCCUUUCUUCCCAGCCCUGGAACCACCCCCUCCUCAGCCUGGAAGGGACCACCAUCUGAGGCUGCAGACACACAGGAUAAGGAAGGGGGUGGGACUAAGGGGUGUCUCCUGUUACCCUCUGCUUCCCAGCUUUAGUUUCAUAACUGUAGUGAUAGGAUUCCUUGUUGCUUGGUCCCCAAAGCCUUAUUACUUACUUUAUGCAUUGGCUUUAAUUGGGUACACAACAGAUGCCUCUGCCCCUGCAGGCAGGUCCAAGUAGGACUACUAGAGGCCUUGCUUUGUCAUUGGAAAGCAGAAGUUUCGGAACCAAAGGCCACUCACUGGCUUUGCUUGUUUACAGACUCCCCCUUGGGGCAAGUGCCCUAGCUGGCUCUGGGGAGCUGGGCAAGGAGGAGGGCACAGCCCAUACUCUUCCUAGCCUUUCUAAACCAAAGUUCUUUGCCAUUCCUACCAGCUCAGCCUUGCUGCUGGAUUUUUCCUUUUUCUUUGGGUAUUUGCACUAUUUGGGGAGCAGGUUCUUCUAUUCGGGAGCCAUUUUUUGUACAGGGGGUAAGUUGGGGUUUUUCAGGGAGCCCUAUUUGGUGCCUCCUCCCUAUUUUCUUUCCUCAAUCUAUGCAAGCGGCUCUGGCCGCCAUCAUCUCCUGGGAUGUCAGAGGGCUGCCACCUAGCUCUUGGGCCCGGGGCUGUAAAGCCUCCUGGAGGAAGGGGACAGGGGAUGCUCAGGUGCUCUGGCAUGGCCUGAGGUAUGGGUGUAUGAGCUUGGCGGAGGGCAGGGGGAGGUGGGGAAGAACUCGUUGCCAUUUGGAGGGUGGGCCUAGGGCUUUAGAAAGUGCCACUCUGGCAGGUUUGGAAAAUUUCAAAUAAAUCCUUGUUUAUUGGUGGUA